AUGCGCAUCAAAGGUGGUGGCAACUAUUCUUGCAGGCUGAAGUUCAAGGAGCAGUCAGUCAAAGAUAGGAACCCUCGUCAGGUUCAUGUGUUUGUGCAAGACAAUAGAACUGGGGAGAAAGUAGCUAUCUUGAUAGGCAAAUGGGAUGAAGCAAUACAAUCUCCUACUAAAACAAGAUACAAUCUCUCCCCCUUUGCAAUCUCUCUUAAUGAGAUAACUCUUGGGAUGAUGGACAAAUUGCCGUCAACAGAUUCAAGAUUGAGACCUGACCAAAGACACCUAGAAAACGGUGAAUACCACGCAGCAAAACUGAGGCUUGCAGUUUUAGAGACAGGCAAGGAGGCUGCAGGAGAAAGGAUGGAAACCGAGAUGGUUUGGAAAAGAUGA